GGAAAGAAGCAAGUUCGAGUCUCGUCUCUGGUGUCCUUUCUCUCUGGACCUAGAAUCUGUUUCAAUUAAGAGUAGGUGCUGCCCCUUCUUUUCUUCUUCGGGAGCAACUGGAAGAGAAAGUCAUUAUCCCAGAAUAUCUUGGAUUACAUUGAAGUUUACAGUGUUGUCAUAUAUUAAGAUUACAGUUUGAGAUAAGCAGAACAAAUAUUUAAGAAUUAAAGUAUAAAAACUACAAACCCAUCCAAACGUCAUGAUGAAUGAAAUGUAUGGAAACACAGCUGAAUGGAAUAUACCAUCUCGAAGGAUUAAUUUUACAGAUGAGCGUCCAAAAGAUACAGGAAAAACAUACCACUGUGAUAUCUGUAAAAAGUCAUUCUCUCGUAGGGGGAACCUCACAACUCACAGACGGAUUCACACAGGAGAGAAACCAUAUGAUUGUGACGUCUGUGGUAAAUCAUUCUCGAAAAGUAAUAAUUUAUCUAGUCACAAACGAAUUCAUACCGGGGAGAAGCCAUAUCAAUGCGAUAUCUGUUAUAAAUCAUUUUCUAAGGGAAGUAAUUUAACUGAACACAAACAUAUUCAUACAGGAGAGAGACCAUAUCACUGUGCUAUCUGUGGUAAAUCAUUCUCAAAAGUUGGUGACUUGGCUACACACACCCGCAUUCAUACUGGAGUGAAGCCAUAUCAGUGUGACGACUGUGGCAAAUCGUUCUCCAAAAGUGAUAACUUGACUAAUCACAAACGAAUUCAUACAGGGGAGAAACCAUAUCCAUGUGAUAUCUGUGGCAAAUCAUUCUCAAAAGUAAGCAACUUAACUGAACACAGACAUAUUCAUACAGGAGAGAAACCAUAUCACUGUGAUAUUUGUGAUAAAUCAUUUUCUAAAAGUAGUAAUUUAACUAGUCACAAACGUAUUCACACAGGUGAGAAGCCAUAUCAUUGUGAAAUCUGUGGUAAAUCAUUUUCCAAGGGAUGUAACCUAACUAAACACAAACUUAUUCACAAUUACACAUGUAUUUAAUCAUUCAGAAAAGAACUACCAGUAAUUUCCUCUGGUGACAUAAUUUACCUUUGUAAUGAUUUUAAUAAAAAGUUUUAUUUUUUCAGAAUAU